AUGACUAAAGCUAUUGCAACUAAGAAAAUGAUGUUUCUAUUGUUGUUCUUCACAUUAUUGUUAUUAGUUAGUUAUUCUCUCAAUUAUCUGAUGAUCGAGCCGAAUCAAAUUAGUCAACUAAUAAACACGCGAGAUGUGAAAUCAGGUAUAUCUGAGAUAUUGGUAGUCAAAAGGUGGCUGAACUGGGACUAUAUAUUCCCCGCGAGUACUGCCCACGCUGGAGUUAUGUUAACUUCAGGUACUUUAGGUUUAGGAGCAGCUGUCGCAGUCAGCAUACCUGUUGCCGGCGCCGUUUUUGCUGCCAUAUGUAUAGGAUUAGCGUGGAUAUCAUCUACUAGGGCUUACAUAGCAAGUAGUUCAACUGCUAACACGCGUAGGGCUAUUGUGUCCUUUGCUCAACAUAAUCAGAAUCUAAUCGAUAGGUUUGGUACUGUAGAUUCGAAACACGGUAAGAUGAUUAAUUUGAGGGCAAUUAAACCAGAAGUAGGGGGUAUUAUAUCCGAAUACAACAUGACCUAUAGUACUGUUUAUGGAUUGCUAAAUUCGUAUGGAUUAACUGGUGCCGUGAUAUUAGAUAAUACACUGGUGAAUUACGCGGGUUUCAUUAAUGAGGAUCAUGUGGCCAAUCAUUCGUUAACGUGGGCGUAUUCUAACGGUACUAAUGUUAUGAUAGCGGCAUCAAAAUUUACACAGCAAGUAACGGGACUCACACCGAACUUUGAAGCUUCAAUUUACAGCUAUAUGCAACAGACAGAUAACUACAAGUACUGUGCCGCAGCACGGACAGAGGAUGAUCCGAACUUUAGUUAUAAUGAUUUACCUCUGGAUAAUGCAGCAAAAGUUGAGAUAUACUUUAAUACCUACGGAGGGAUUGACAGCGAAUGUAACGAUAAUUACGACGGUGUAGACUCAAGCGAAAUGUAA